AUGGCAAUGAUGCACUAUAAGCACAUUACAGUUAACACUGAUAAUAUAAAGCUCAUUCUUGAUAUUAGUGUUAAAAUCAGGUCAAACUAUUUUGGCCUGAUUAAUGCAUCUGAUUAUCUCAUUUCUGCUGUCACCAUCUGCUGCCUGCAUGCUGCCUCCACUCCACUAACUACUGCUGCUGCCACUUCACCACCACUGCUACUGCCCAUCACCAUCUCCCUGCCUCCCCCCAGCACCAUCAGGAUCUCCACCUAUCAAAUAGUGGGUAUUAGAGCCCCUGUCCAGUUCACAAAGCCAGUUCUGGAGGAGCAGAAGAAGAAGAAGAAGAAGAAGAAGAAGAAGAAGAAGAAAAAGUGA